AUGACAGCCCAACCCGCCCUUCCCUUCGAAAUCGUCGCCGAAAUCAUCACCAACGUCGACGACACAUCCACCCUCCUCAGCUGCCUCCUCAUAUCCCGCAAUCUCACCUGUUAUGGCGAGCCCAAACUAUACAAGAAUGUCUCCCUUAGCGGCAAGCAACUCAAAUCCUUCCUCUACGCCAUCGAGAGAAAUCCCCAACGCGCAGAGCACACCGUCCACCUCGUCACCCACUCACUGCACGUCCCCUCUUCCGAACGCGAUCCCGAUCACACCAUCACCAACAUCGCCCACUACGUUGCGCUCGACAGACUCCUCUCCAUCCUCCCCAACCUCACCUCUUUCGAGAAACACGCCCGCAAUGAAGCCGCUUCCCCGUAUUUCCGGUAUCAUCUGUUCCUGCGCUCGCCCACUGCGCGGGCGCUGAAAAGACUGGUCUGGCUCAACACGGGGCGGUGCCUGCCGUUCCUCCUGGCAGCGCGGGAAUCGUUGGAGUUCUUGCAGCUGGACGGAGGCGCAGGUGGUCUGCUUAGUACUUGGCAGGCGGCGGCGCUCCCUGUGCUACCACGUCUGCGGGCACUGCGACUGCCAUAUCCUUCCCAGCCUUCCCUGAGUCCGGCUGCCCUUGGUUUGAAUCCUGAGGAGUGGAAACGAGAAUCAGAUGCCCCAAAUACGCUUCCGUAUGAACACUACAGUUUUGUAACGUGGAUUCGGGAGAGCGAUCGCGCUUCGUGA